UCCUUAAUAGAAACAUUUAAUACAUACACUCAGAGAAAUGGACAAUUCGUUCAAAAAUCCGAUGUUUUAAAUCGGAAUUAUGAAAAGCCGAUCAAGAUUAGAAUAAUGUCCGAUCAAUGAUAGCCGGAUAUCACUGAUAAUUGAUCGGCUUGUUAAUUAUUCCGAUUGAAAGUGUCGGAUUGUCCGUUUGUUAAUUUUCGAACGAUUAUUUAAACCUGGAUUUUUCUCCUAGUAUAAAAAACAAUAUAAUUUUAAUCAAAAUAUUUUUUGUUUGCAUCUACUAAUAUUUUGUCAUCUUUCAGACAGCAUACUAAUGCCGCGGCGAAAGAAUGUUUCGUUUUUUAAGAGUGAAAGAAUGUCUCGACGCGAUAAUGCUGUCGACUCAUUUUCUAUUAGUAUCUGCUUUAUUUUGAAAGUGUGUAUCGGAGAAGUUGUGCUGGAACGACUAAAACAAGUGGUAAUUAGACGGCGCCAUAUCUGGAGAGUACUCUGGAUGGAAAAGGACUUCCCAUUCGAGAUUAUACAGCGUUUGUUUGAUCUAAUGACUUAUGAGUCAUGAGCAACAGGACCUCGCGUUAUUAUGGAGCAAAAUGUCUUUGCAUCGUUUUAUACCAGCCAGUUUUCUUGAUGUGCCUCGUUCAAACGGUUUAAUUGAUGCACAUAACGUUUCGGUUAAAGAAAAACGACCGGCAUAAGCCUCAGAAUAACGCAAAGACAUUUUGCUCCAUGACAACGCAAGGCCCCAUGUUGCUUAAGAUCAAACAAACGCUGUAUAAUCUCGAAUGGAAAGUCCUUUUCCACCCAGAGUACUCUCGUAGAUAUCGCGCCGUCUGAUUUAGUCGAUGCAGCACAGCCUUUUCGAUACACACUUUAAAAAUAAAGCAUAUACUAAAAAAUGAGUCGACAGCAUUAUCGCGUAUAGGAACAUUCUUUUACUCUUAAAAGACGAGACAUUCUUUCGCCGCGGCAUCCGUACGCUACCUGAAAGAUGGCAAAAAGUAGUAGAUGCAAAUGGAAAAUAUUUUGACUAAAACAAUUGUAUCGUUUCUUUUGUAUUAAUAAAAGGAAUUUUUUUGAAAAAAACGGCGGAAACUUAGUUAUACUCCUAAUAAUAAUUCUGCCUCAGCAUAAGUAAAUUAUUAAUUAUUAAUUAUGUAUAAGAUUAUAACGAAAUCUAUAUGAUGGAAUUCUGAGUAAUGUCCUCGCGAACGAUAAUAAACAAAGUUUUUAUGUGUAUGUAUGCGUAAGCACAUGAACACGCUGAUGCAAUAAGUUAGAUGAUACAUAUCUAAUAAUUUUCAAAACGUAAAUUGCUCUUUCUCAGCGUGAAGAUCAGCUAAUAAAUUGAUCGAUAUCGGGAUCUGACAUGGGAGCGGAGCCUAUGUGUGUGUAUUUAAUAGUAAUGUGCAAUUUUAUUCGCAAUGUUUAUAACAAUGGAGAGUAUCUGUGAUUAACAUUCGUGAUAUUCUGUAGGCUUCGAAUGGUGUUGCUUUUUACCACCAGACGGCGUGAUUACAAAUGUCAGAUCCCAUAAAAGGGCAUGUCUCGCAUCAGGAACAUCAGUCCAUGAAAUAAAGUGCAAGGAUUAUUAACCAUGUCUCGCGCUAGUUUCGUACUAUUCAUAAUGAUCGUAGUGCUUUGCGGCACAACUAUCGCACAACUACCAUAUUAUCGGAGUCCUACAUAUAGACGGUGUCCGGUAAAUCAAGAGUGGAAUGAUUGUGGAUCGGCAUGUCCGCCAACUUGCGACGAGCCUGUGCAGAGUGCCUGCAUUGCGAUGUGCAAGAUAGGAUGCCAAUGCAGACGAGGAUUUCUGCUAAAUUCCUUUGGAAACUGUGUGCACCCUUCAUACUGCUAGAAAUUAACAAAUAAGUACUUACUAAAGGGAUGAAAAUUUUUUUAUGUCAACAAUAUUUUUAUAAAAAUUUCAACUAAAAAUCAUGGUUAUUGGUAUGCUAACAUUAACAUGUAUUAGAUGCAAUUUGACACAUUAUUAUAUAUUUACUGAUCAAUUAAAA